AUGGUGUCGGUGAACAUCCAUAGAGCGGACGACGACAACUCCCGGCUAGAAUUCAAGCAGACGCAAGAGGCUGGCGUUGCGCAUUCAGAACAAGAGGUUGACCCUAGCAAGGAGACAACACCCACUCCAGUAUCGCAGGAUUCCCCGAGUCUCCGAGGCGUCCAGUUGAUCGUUCUGUUAUCGUGCCUUUUCCUUGAAAUCCUACCAUUGGAUUUAGUGUGGACAAUAUUCACAAGGCCUGUAGGUCAGCAGUUGCAGUGGUACCCUUCUUGUGAUUCUCACCGACCAUCUCGACGCUCUUCGGGAUAUUGGUUGGUACCAAACAACAUAUAA